AUGGCUGAAUCAAGAGAUAUAAAGGAAACAGUGGAAGAUGUCCCACUAGUCGAAGAAACGGCUUCUUUCGAUGGGACUGGGGACGUUAGAAACAGUUCGAGUACUGAAGUACAGUCGGGGAAAGAGAAAAAGCCGGUUGAAGGCGAAAAAGCUACUGAAAACGCGGCUGGAAUUGGUGAAAAACCAGUUGAGAAUCCAGCUGGGGAUUCAGUUGAGAAUCCAGUUGAGAAUCCAGUUGAGAAUCCAGUUGAGAAACCAGUUGAGAAACCCGUUGAGAAUUCAGCUGAGAAUUCGGUUGAAAAACCAGUGGAACCAGUCCUGGACACCACUGAAUCAGCCAAUUCCAAAGAGCAGUCAAAAUCUUCGGAAGGGAUAACACCCAAAGAAGACGCCACGCCAGCGGACGAAGAGCUUCCGCCUUUACCCAAACGUAACAGCUCCACAACACAGGGCCCGAAAAAUCCUAUCUUGGCAGAACUUACAGACGCAUUCCCCAAUAUUGAAUCCAAGUAUGUGAAAGCCGUACUCAUAGCUUCUCGUGGGGUCCUGGACCCAGCCUUUAGCGCUUUGCUCUACCUUUCAGACCCAACCUUUGAAGCAGAAGCUGCCAUUCCCACUGCUCCGCCUCAAACCGAGAUAGAGGACACAGUUUGCUCAUCAAGAGCUGGUAGAACACAGCUUGAACAAGAUGAGCUAUUGGCAAGGCAAUUGGACGCUCAGUUCAACGAAUCUCGGUCUCGUCGCGCUGCUCGCCAUGAGCCGGUAGAGGGUGACGAGAGGGCAGCACGCGAACGCCGGAUUCGUCGUCGUCAAAGAGAAUAUGAAAGGCGUGCAACUCAGGGUCAGAGGCCUAUGAAUCCUGAAGAGCAAAGAUAUUAUGACGAAUUGGGGCGCGAAGCGAAUGAAGACGACUUUUUGAGUCAAUUUGUGGAAAAAGAUCUUCCUGAAAUUCGCGAAAAGGUGGGUCGUCAAGUUCAAGAAACUGGCAAGAAGGUCAACGAAUGGUUUACAGGUAUUCGCAGAACCUGGACUCAGGAACAACAACCUCGUGAUUCGCAGAACGAACAGUACCCUGAAUUUUCGCAGCGUAACGAUCCUGCUCGACACUCUCGCAGAAGAAAUUCGUCCAUCAGGUCUUCUGGCUCGGACUCCGAUAGGUACGCUAGGCCUGAACAAAGAAAUGUACGAUUCAACUCGUUUGGGGCCAAAGAAGGCGAUGAAAGUGCAGAUACCUCACAAAGGCUGGCCAGUCAUGGGAUAUCAAUAUACAACAAAUUGGAUUCCGACAAGAGAAACGGCGUCGACGACGACGAUGACGACGUCGCACCUCAAUUACCCGCCAGACGCAGACAGUCUACCGUGGAACCUGAAACCACUUACAUUGAUACCCCAGAAACAGCUACUCGCAAGAAAUGGCAGCCUCUUCCACCGGAACCUAUCGUACUAACACCCAGUAAGGGAAGUACUACUUCCAGCAGAAGCAGGAGGGGCAGCACUUACAAGCACGAAGAGAAUGAGUUUCUCAUCAACAGCGAUGACGAGCUAUAA